AUGUCUGUAGGAAUAAUCGUCCCCCUGCCCGCGUACACCCUCGACCCCGCGUUCGUCGCCAAAAAGGCCGAGGAGCUGGGUUUUGAGUCCAUCUGGUAUCACGAGCAUCCCAUCCUGCCCGUGCACAGCGAGAGUCCCUUCCCCGCCACCGGCGGCGAGAUUCCCUGGACCUACCGCCACUUCUCCGACCCGUACAUGUCCCUAGCCAUGGCCGCCGCCGUGACCGAGCGUAUCAAGUUGUGCACUGGCAUUACCCUGAUGCCCGAACGCAACCCUCUGAUCCUCGCCAAGCAGAUCUCGGUAUUGGACCGCCACAGCAACGGCCGUUUCGUCUUCGGAAUUGGCGCUGGCUGGAACCGUGAGGAAACCGAGAUGAUGGGCGGCGACUUCGACCACCGCUGGACCCAGACCGAGGAGGCCGUCGGUGCCCUGAAGGCCCUGUGGACCGAGGACCAGGCCGAGUUCCACGGUCGCUACUACAACUUCCCGCCCGUCUACAUGUACCCCAAGCCGGUCCAGGAUCCUCAUCCUCCGAUCCUGCUGGGUGGCAACGCCCGCAACGUACUGCGUCGCGUGGUGCGCUACGGCGACGGCUGGCUCCCCAACCGCGCCAACCCGGAUCAGAUUGAGGACAGCCGCAAACAGAUCGACACCCUGGCCGCCGAGCGGGGCCGCGACCCCGAGGCUAUCACCAUCUCCGUGUUCGGCCAGCCGCCGGAAACCACCCGCCAGGCUGUGGACGAUUUCCUGAACGCCGGUGCCUUGCGCGUAUGUGUGUGGCCCAACCACUCUGAUUCCGAGGAGGAGAUGGGCCAACAACUGGAAAGCAUGGCCGAAACCCUGCUUCGCUAA